CCGAUUGUCAGAUUGUUUGGGCAGGGGUCUUUGCUCUGGGGGAUCAGUCUCAGUCUCCAUUGAGCAGCGAUCACGGAAGCAUGGCGAGAUCAGAGCGCGGUUCGAGGCUCCUUAUCGGCAUCACUUGCUGGGUGCUGUUCUACGGUCUUAUCUGUCUGGCUCUGGCUGAUUCCGCCCAAAUCCCAGAACGAUAUGCGGCUCUGACCGGACCCACAGUACAGGCGGUGGAGAGACUCUUCAAUCAGGUGUUAUACUCCACCAUUGAGGAUGCCCGCCAGAGACUUCCGCACCUGAAUGCCAGUGAAACCAUCGAUAGGCAGUACUUCGAGGAACUGGACUUGAUUGCGGGAAAUGAAGACUACUACAGCACUGCCUACUACAUCUUCGCCUGGAUCAACAGCGAUUUGAUGUCCCACAAAACUCCGGAUAAACUGCUCGUUGAAGUUUUGCCGGUCGAGAAGAUUGCCAUUCGCAAUUUUUUCGGCAAGGUCAAGAUACAUCUGACCAAAUAUUUGCGCCAAAGUCGGCAGGAGAGGCCACAAUUGGUCGCAAACAUUACACGAUGGUCCGCCGAAACAGAGGACAGUCUGAUCAUGACCUACCUGGAGUUCCCGCAAAACCUCCAGGGCCAACUUCCUGAGAUCCAUCUGAUGGACUACACCAAGUUGGCCCAGGCUCUAAUGCAGGGCUUGUCCAGGGGGAUUUGGUCGACUUUAUAGUAAAACUCUUAGGAUGGCAGCCUAAAUAUUUAAGAACUCAACACAAUAUAUUUAAAACAAGUUAUUGAACAGAAUAAUACAUUAAGACAAUUCGAUUUAAAUUGCAAGAACUUUUAUGUACUUUCUUUAGAAAAAGAAAACUUAAAUAAUUUGUUUAUAUUGUAGUUUUUAAGUUAAAUUUUUUGCUUGUUUUUAAGUAAUUAAACAAAUACUUAAAGAAUAAACAACCUAUCUUUUGAAUUCGUUUUACAAGUUUUUAGGUUUUACCAAUGCUAAUAUGGAACUUCUGACAACGCAAUGUUUUAUAAAGCUAUGAACCUAAGUUAAUCUGUCUCAUUAGUUUUCGUUUGAUUCCGAACCACAAUCAAAACUGAACACAAUUAAUUAAGAUUAUUAUUGCAAUUAUACAAUUAUAGUUCUCUUUAUGAUAUUUUUUUUGGGCUUAGUUUUAUUUGUUUUACUAUUGUACUAUAAACUAUUUUAAUGUUUGAAUUAUCCUGCGGAGUUGUAAACUUGCGUAACAUGCGGAAACUAUCACCUUUGGGAAAUAAAGAUAUAAACAUGACCUAAGCAAUAUACGCCUAUAUAAUUACAAAAUAUAUGAUUUCCUCCAAAA